CAAUUUGAUAUACUAAAACCGCGAGGCUACGUCGGGUGGUAGAUACUUACGUCGCUUGUGUCUGCAAAUUGUGUAUUUCAGAGAAUUAAACUUUCGGAAUAUAGCAUCAAGCAUAGUGUUCAACCGGGAAAAUGAUUGCCCUUACUGCAGUCAAUGUGACCGAACUUAUAUAAGUGAAACGCGUUUUGUGACAAACAAGCCAAAACGUGGUGUCUGGCCCGCGGUAGGAGUCGUUUGUUAUCAAACAGCGAGACCGCGAGGCGAGGGUGAUGGCGGAGGCGGCGCCCCUGGAUCGCCCCAUCGUGAAGGAGGGCUGGUUGCACAAGCGAGGCGAACACAUUCGCAACUGGCGGCCUCGUUACUUCAUCCUGUUCGACAAUGGCGACCUGGUGGGCUACAAGACAAAGCCGGAGCGCAGCAACUACCGCGACCCCCUGAACAAGUUCACGGUGCGCGACUGCCAGAUUAUGUCCGUGGACAAACCCCGCCCGUUCACAUUCACCAUCCGCGGCCUGCAGUGGACUUCCGUCAUUGAGCGCAUCUUCUCAGUUGACACUGAGAAGGAGCGGGAGGAGUGGAUGGCGGCGAUCCGGUUCGUGUCGACGCAGCUGGGCGCGGGCAGCGCGGGCGGCGUGCUGGCGCUCGCGCACGACCACGACGACUCCGACAUCGCGCAGCUCGGCACCAGCUUCAAGGAUCCCAGGAGAAUUACGCUGGAGAAAUUCGAGUUCCUGAAGGUGCUGGGCAAGGGCACGUUCGGCAAGGUGGUGCUGUCGCGCGAGAAGGGCACGGGCAAGCUGUACGCCAUGAAGAUCCUCAAGAAGCACCUCAUCAUCCAGAAGGACGAGGUGGCGCACACCGUCACCGAGAACCUCGUGCUCAAGAAGACCAAGCAUCCCUUCCUCACGGCGCUGCGCUACUCGUUCCAGACGGCGGACCGCAUCUUCUUCGUGAUGGAGUACGCCAACGGCGGAGAGCUGUUCUUCCACCUGUCGCGCGAGCGCAGCUUCAGCGAGGAGCGCACGCGCUUCUACGGCGCCGAGAUCGUCUCCGCGCUGGGCUACCUCCACUCGGAGGGCAUCAUCUACCGGGAUCUGAAGCUGGAGAAUCUGCUGCUAGACAAGGAUGGACACAUUAAGAUCGCAGACUUCGGGCUCUGUAAGGUGAACAUCACGUACGGGCGCACCACGAAGACGUUCUGCGGCACGCCCGAGUACCUGGCGCCCGAGGUGCUGGAGGACACGGACUACGGGCCGGCCGUGGACUGGUGGGGCACGGGCGUGGUGCUGUACGAGAUGGCGUGCGGCCGCCUGCCCUUCUACAACCGCGACCACGACGUGCUGUUCACGCUCAUCCUGUCGGAGGAGGUGCGCUUCCCGCGCUCCAUCUCGGCCGCGUGCCGCUCGCUGCUGGCCGGGCUGCUCACCAAGCCGCCGGCCGCGCGCCUGGGCGGCGGGCCCGGCGACGCGGACGAGAUCAUGCGCCACGCCUUCUUCGCCGCCGUGGACUGGGCCGACCUCGUGGCCAAGAAGAUCCCGCCGCCCUUCAAGCCGCAGGUGGACUCGGACACGGACACGCGCUACUUCGACUCCGAGUUCACGGGCGAGUCGGUGGAGCUCACGCCGCCCGAGAACGAGCUCGGCCUCAUCCGCGAGGAGACCUUCGCGCAGUUCUCCUACCAGGACAUCUGCUCGUCCGCGCAGUCGGCGCUCUCGCACCUGUCGCAGCACUCGGCGCUGGACAGGCGCCACUAGCGCCACUAGCGCCACUAGCGCCGCCCGCGACACUAGCGCCGCCCGCGACACUAGCGCCGCCAGCGCGACACGCGCCCGCUGCUAGCUGCUAGUGGGAGCUACACGCUGAUGGAAGCCACGCUCUUGUGCAACAUUUACCGACUUAGUUUGUUUCAUUUUGCUCUCAUCAAUUGUUAUAGUUAAAAAAUAGUGAUCGAUGUUCAGUAACGUUACUAACACGAAUACCGUAUUGUGUCGGCAUGGAACUAAUACGUGGGUAAGAUUCUCCUGCAAAUGUUGCGUAGAUCAGACGGGCAUGGUUUCGUAUAAAAUCCUCUUAUACCCAGUUAAGGUCCUCUCCGAGAAGAGGUUACUAUGCCUACAAAUGUUGUGCAAUCUUCAAGUUAACAUUU